AUUCGAGGCAAAAGUGGCUCCGAGUCCCAUAACAAACUUGGAUCGAGUAUUCAUGAUUCUAUCUCCGAUUCAGUCAUGAAAUCAGAUAUUGAGGCAUCGCCGGUACAACCGGUUGUCACUGAGAAAGAACCAGAUCCUGAUCUGGUAGAUUGGGAUGGACCUGAUGAUCCAGAGAAUCCAUUUAAUUGGCCUUCGUAUAAGAAAUGGCGUCAAUUAAUCUUUAUGGCGAUUAAUACUUUCUUAACUCCACUCGCCUCAUCAAUGUUCACCCCAGGUGUAGCAGACAUUCUCAAAGAAUAUGGCUCCGACAGCACAUUAAUGGCCUCAUUCCUAGUCUCAAUUUAUGUGCUAGGAUAUGUUGUCGGUCCAUUCAUAAUCGCCCCAUUCUCUGAGCUCUAUGGUCGUGUCCCACUCUACCACACCUGCAACGCCCUCUUACUGAUUUUCACCAUCGCCUGCGCCGUUUCUCAAAGUCUACCUCAGCUCCUAGUCUUCCGACUCUUAGCUGGUAUUGCGGGUGUCUGUCCCCUGACAAUCGGUUCUGGCACUGUAGCCGAUAUGGUCUACAAGGAGAAGAGAGCAGGUGUCAUGGCGAUUUGGGCUAUGGGACCGUAUAUGGGACCUGUUGUCGGACCUGUUGCGGGUGGAUUUUUGGUUAUGAAGGAAGGAUGGAGAUGGGUUUUCUGGGUGCUUUCCAUUACGAUUGGAGUCACCUUUAUUGCUACUUUAAUGUUUUACCGAGAAUCCUACGCUCCAGUUCUACUCCGCCGCAAAGCUGCACGUCUCCGGAAAGAAACAGGAAAUCUCAAGCUACACACCAUAUACGAUGAAGGCGCUAAGACACCACGACAGGUCUUUCUAUCCGCGCUCUCACGACCCAUCAAGCUACUCUGCACUUCCCCAAUCGUCUUCCUAAUGGCUCUAUUCGCUGCGAUCACCUACGGCUACUUAUACCUAAUGUUCACGACCAUGACGUCGAUCUUCGAAGAUACUUAUGGCUUCAACCAAGGUCUAGCAGGUCUAGCCUACAUCGGAUUCGGAGUUGGGUGUGGAAUAGGUCUUCUCAUUGUCGGACGAGCAGUGAACAAGAUCGCAGCGCGACACUCCGCUGAAGGACGAUUCUCGCCUGAAUCCCGUCUCGCACCUAUGAUCUUCGGGUGUUGGGCUAUUCCAAUCGGAUUAUUCUGGUAUGGAUGGUCGGCAGAAGCGAAAGUGCAUUGGAUCAUGCCUAUUAUCGGGACCGGAAUCUUCGGGUUCGGCCUUGUAGCCGUUUUUGCUACUGUGAGUGCGUACCUGGUUGAUUCUUAUCUCCGGUAUGCUGCCUCAGUCACCGCUGCAAAUGUAUUCCUGCGCUCAAUUUUCGGUGCGGUUUUACCGCUGGCUGGAAACUCCAUGUAUGAUGCACUUGGUUUGGGUUGGGGAAAUUCAUUAUUGGCGUUCAUUGCACUGGCAAUGUGCUUUGUGCCCCUUCUAUUUGCGAAAUAUGGAGCGAGGAUUCGGACAAAUCCAAAGUUUCAGGUUAAGCUUUGA